AUGCACUCGCAUCCCCAUUCGCACCCCCAUGGGUCACAUGGUGGUCAUUCGCACCCACACGCCGGGCCAUCGCAUUCGCACUCGCACGGGCACUCCCCGUCAUCGCUCUCCCCACAUGCGCCUCCUCCGCCCUACACCCGCGGCGUCGCACCUGUGACUGAUGUGGGCGCUACGGAAGACCCCGACAGCCAGACCACCGCCACCGAAUCCGAAUCCGAAGCUCCUAACAAUGAUACCGAGGCGCACCAUCAAGCGACGGUCGUAGCGACAUUCGACUCGUAUCGCCGAGUCGCCCUCUCCGCGAACCAGAGACGACGGGCAGACUACUUCCAACUGCCUCCACAGCACCGACGCCUCUUGCCCGGAUACGCCGAGUUGUUGAACAAGGUCGAUGGGUUAUUGAGCCAGAAUGCACACUUCUUGCAUGCUGUUGUCGAGCUCAACCCUUUUCCACCGGCGCAGCAAAUCGUCGACGCAGAAGCUCCGCAGGAACCUGAUCACGAGGUUGGACUUUUUCUACACGGAUCAACGGGCGCCGAGUAAUAGCCCAGUCUCAUCUUGCUCUCCACUCCUCGCAGCGGCUGAGGUCAACACUGCGGUCGGUCGCACGGGAUUGGAGUGUCGAGGUCAGCUAUUCGGGGCCCGCUCGGACACCGGCUUCAGUCCAGUGACAUCUGAACUUGAACUCGAUGUUAUAGGGUGCACACGAAAGGGAGACCGCUUAUACGCCCAUAUUGAAUGCUUUGCAAGAGCUGUACGGCCACUAUGAAACCGAGGACAAGGCCAAGCUGAACGUCCUCGUCCCCGGAGCCGGUUUGGGACGACUCGCAUGGGAGAUUGUCAAUGCAGGUCAGUCGAAGCUAUGCGUUCACGGCUAAUGAUAUACCGGCGGACUGAUGUUGUCGAAUUCGUCAACAAACCAGGUUAUACAUGCCAAGGUGGGUCCUGUGCUCUUGAGCGACUCUGCACGUUCAUCUUGAGCUGAAGCAACUCGUCGCCACCCUUACUCGCCUAGCCAACGAGUUCUCCCUCUACAUGGUCAGCUCUGAGCGCUGCUGAUGAUCUGAGGGGAGUCAUCUGAUCAUUGCCUGUUGUACCUUUGUUACAGCUCAUCGUCUCAUCCUAUAUCCUUAACCAGCAAGUAGAUCAGCCGGUAUGAGCAGAUCUUUAAACAGCAGACUAAUCAUGUCUUGGAUCCUUUCCACAGCACAACCUCCAUCAACGCACACACGAUCCAUCCGUACCUUCACUCGUUUUCGAAUAUUCGGACGAACGCCGAUCUCCUAGGCUCGGUCCAAAUCCCCGAUGUCGAUCCUUCGACAAUCGCCUCGACAUCCUCGGGCGAGUUUUCCUUUGCCGCCGGCGACUUUCUCGAAAUAUACGCACAACCGUCACAGCAGGCUCACUUUGACGUCAUCGUCACCUGUUUUUUUAUCGACACGGCCAAGAAUAUCGUCGAAUACCUCGAGCGGAUAUGGAGCCUUCUGAAAGAAGACGGGGUCUGGAUCAACUGCGGACCGACGCUGUGGCAUUUCGAGAACACAGAGGGUUGCAACAGUAUCGAAUUGAGUUUGGAGGACAUAAAGGCACUCGCUAAAAGGGUAGGCUUUGUUUUGGAGGUGCGUUCCCCCUAUGAGUGGCAGUUUUCCUCGGGACUUUAUUUGGCCAUUGAUGCGAGCACCCGCUCUUGUUGACCGUCGUAGAACGAACGUGAAGUCCGGACAAGCUACACAACCAACAAAAGAUCAACACUACGACAUGAAUACGCGGCGAGCUUUUGGACAGCUCGCAAGAGUGUAGAGGAGGAGGCAUCUGUCCAAUAA